AUGCACGGACAAUUGUUAACAUCCCGGGAUUGCCGUCAUCCCGGAGCGAUCCUGGCAAAUCCCGGGACGCUGUGGUUUAUGACCACUAUCCUGAUGCCCCAACUAGAUUUACUCUCUUGUUUGCUGAAAUUUAAUCUCAGUGACCGGCGAUGCACUGGACGGGUAGAAGUGUGGAGCGCGGGCGGCGGGGCCGGCGGUGGAGGUACAGCAUGCGGUAGCAGCGGCAUGGACUUGAAGCACGAGGUAGCGUACCGCGGCGUGCUGCCGGGCGCGGUCAAGGCCGAGCCAGGGGUCAGUCACAACGGGCACCAGGCCAACGGCCACGUGCGCGACUGGAUGGCUGGCGGCGCGGGCGCAGGCUCACCCUCCCCCGGCCCGCCGGUGCAGCCGCAGCCGAACGGGUAUUCCUCACCCCUGUCAUCAGGCAGCUACGGACCCUACAGCCCCAAUGGAAAAAUAGGUCGUGAGGAACUGUCUCCGGCUUCAAGUAUUAACGGCUGCAGUACGGAUGGCGAGGCGAGGCGGCAGAAGAAAGGCCCAGCACCGCGGCAACAAGAGGAGCUAUGUCUCGUCUGCGGCGACAGAGCCUCCGGAUAUCAUUACAAUGCGCUCACAUGUGAAGGGUGUAAAGGAUUCUUCAGGCGGAGCGUAACCAAAAAUGCAGUGUACAUAUGCAAGUUCGGGCACGCAUGUGAGAUGGAUAUGUAUAUGCGAAGAAAAUGUCAAGAGUGUCGGUUGAAGAAAUGUCUGGCGGUGGGCAUGAGGCCUGAGUGUGUGGUGCCAGAAAACCAGUGUGCAAUGAAAAGGAAAGAGAAAAAGGCACAAAGGGAAAAAGACAAGUUGCCAGUCAGUACAACGACAGUGGAUGAUCACAUGCCUCCCAUUAUGCAGUGUGAUCCACCGCCUCCAGAGGCCGCAAGAAUUCUGGAAUGUUUGCAGCACGAGGUGGUGCCACGAUUCCUGAAUGAAAAGCUAAUGGAACAGAACAGGCUCAAGAAUGUGCCCCCCCUCACUGCCAACCAGAAGUCCUUAAUAGCGAGGCUGGUCUGGUACCAAGAAGGCUAUGAACAGCCAUCAGAAGAGGAUCUAAAAAGAGUCACACAGACCUGGCAGUCGGAUGAAGACGAAGAAGAGUCGGACAUGCCGUUCCGUCAGAUCACCGAGAUGACGAUCCUCACAGUGCAGCUCAUUGUUGAAUUCGCUAAGGGCCUACCAGGCUUCGCAAAGAUCUCACAGUCGGAUCAGAUCACAUUAUUAAAGGCCUGUUCGAGUGAGGUGAUGAUGUUGCGAGUAGCUCGGCGGUACGACGCGGCGACAGACAGCGUGUUGUUCGCCAACAACCAGGCGUACACCCGCGACAACUACCGCAAGGCAGGCAUGGCCUACGUCAUCGAGGACCUGCUGCACUUCUGCCGGUGCAUGUACUCCAUGAUGAUGGAUAACGUCCACUAUGCACUGCUCACUGCCAUCGUCAUUUUCUCAGACCGACCCGGGCUUGAGCAACCCCUGUUGGUGGAGGAGAUCCAGAGAUAUUACCUGAACACGCUGCGGGUGUACAUCCUGAACCAGAACAGUGCGUCGCCGCGCUGCCCUGUCAUCUACGGCAAGAUCCUCGGCAUCCUGACGGAGCUGCGGACCCUGGGCAUGCAGAACUCCAACAUGUGCAUCUCACUCAAGCUGAAGAACAGGAAGCUGCCGCCGUUCCUCGAGGAGAUCUGGGACGUGGCGGACGUGUCCACCGCGGCCCCGUCGGCAGCCGUCGUGUCGGAAACCGCGGCGCUCUAGCCCCCGCGCCGCUCGCGGCCGCAGCGGCCCCAGCGGGCCCCCGGCCUCCCGAGGGCCCCCGGGCCCCGGCGGGGACCCGGCCACGUGUAGCCUGCGCCCGCCGCCCUCAGGAGAGAACGCUCAUAGACUGGCUAGUUUUAGUGAAGUGCACGGACACUGACGUCGGACGUGAUCAACCUAUUUAUAAGGACUGCGAAUUUUACCACUUAAGAGGGUACACCUGUACCCGAUUUCGUACGUAUUCGGUGACCGACGACGAUGAUGUGCGAGAGAUUAGUGAAUAUAUGUGUUGUUGAACGUUUGGAGAAUAUAUAUUAGUGUUGAUCGUUACGGGCCCGCGCCGCCGCCGGUCGGCAGCUCGACCGGCGCCCGCCGCGGCCCCAACUUUAUUUCGUUUUCGACUGGAUACUGAGUUGGUCACUCGGAUACGACUGUAUGAUAAGACUUCGUUCGAUAAGUACACCUCCUAAAUUACACAUACGUACAUACGUUACGAGAGUUAUUAGAGACAAAGUAAUAUAUGAAAAGAUGUUUCUAUUGGGUAAAAAGUUAUAUUAUGUUUAUUUACCAAAAUGUACAAUACGUCUGCCCCACUGGGGUGUCGACUGUGUUGUGUCGAGUAGUCUGCGACCACUUGGCUUACAGUACGGCCGACGUAUCUUGUCGAGUCUGAAGUUAGCCGUUUGUCUGCGCAAUGGAUCUUUUAGUAACAAAAUUGUGUACUGCGCAGCGGCUAACUUCAGACUCGCCAAGAUACGUUGACGGUAUUGUAUAUUAUAGUUGAUGUGAGGCGUGUUAUCGUGUCCUGUCGAUUUAGUUCCAAUUCAUGUUCCAUCGUCCUGUGCCCGCGUCCCUCGACUAAAUGACUAAUUAUAAUUUAUUGCUGUGAUUACAUUUAUGACAUGUUGAUCUACCGUAGGCUGAUGUAAGUGCGUCUUAUUACAAUACAAGCUGUGUGUCGUUGAUAGCUUCCACACAUGCAAGCCUCUAUUUACUUUCAGUGUUUAAUUGACAUGGACACUCGGCCCGCAAUAAUAUAAUAAUAAUCGAUGUACAUUCACCAUACUACGACUAAUAUCACACGACUUUAGUAUCUAAACGAUACACCAUACUGUUAACUCUUAAAACGUAGAUACUGAAGCCAGUAACAAUUCAAUGUCAGUGCAAUUUAAGGUUAUUUUCAUAAUCAUACAAUAAAUUAACUAGACGUACGUGAAAUAGUCUAUUUGUGUCACAUUACGCUUAAGUAUACGGAGACAGGUUCGGCUGAAUCCCAGUUAUUUGUUCUCCUUAGAUAUGAGUAUAAAGCCGAUCUACUUGUUAUGUGGACCUGCCAUUGCGUGCAUGUCCUAAGGCAGCUGUAACGUAGGUAUGGAAUAAUAACGGUAGAGCCUAAAAUUAAACAUUAAUCUUUGUAAGUAUUUAUUUUUAUUGUUUAGAUACAACAUUCCUUUACUUAAUUCUAUGUAUAUUAUAUGAAAGUACAAAAUGGCAGCUGAAUUACCUCUAUUCUAUGGCUUGAAUAUAAAAAGUAAUAGUGAAGUAGUGUCGAUUUGGCCGAGCUUACUCUAUGGGAACAAUAUUGGUGUAGUAGACACUAAAGUGUAUCAUGUUGGUAGAUGGCAUGCACGCAACGCGGUCCCGGCGACGCCGAGCCUGUCUGCCGGCGUCACAUACACUAAGAACCUCGUCGUAGCAAUAGCAACACAAUAUUACACACGUUCGACACCUAAAUACUGCCGUAAAGCGAUGACUCCUAUACGAAAUGCCUUAUUUCGCGUUACCUGUGUUGUGUACCUACAUCGUUGACGACAAAUCGUAGUAUAUAGAACAUAAAAUUAAUCGAUCUCAAUUACCGGUAAGCGUUUUUAAAGAAUACGUUAGACGUGUUUUCCGUUCUUGGCGUUUCGCGUCGUGUCGGUUCAUCCUUGUAUGCUUGUGUCGACGGCGCAUCGCUCGUUCAUACUUCUGUACAGCGUCCGUCUCGAAGCCUUCUGUUGUUCGCAAUAUUCAUAGUUAAACCACCAACGCCGCGUGUAACGUUCAUCUCCAUGUCACAGCUCGCGAGACCCGCGACCGAGCGAUACUUCACCAUCCAUUUAUCGAUAAAUAAGUAACGUAAGUGUCUGUUUGGUGCGUGUUGAAUGUGUCUUCUUUACAUGCCAUUAAGUGUGUUGUAUAUUUACAUAAUAACAUGUGUUUGGAGUUUUGGAAAUGCAUUUCUUAAUAUACGUAUAAAAUCAGUGUGAGACGAUCGGGCUUGCACCGCGGACCGCGCGCUAGGCCGCUUAAAACGAUCUUUUCGAUUAACAUUGUAUAAUUUUAUUGUAGCAUUAGGCGUUUCUAAAAUAGCAAACGAAGCACAAACGUCACUAGAGUGUCUUAAGUGUCUCUGGUGUAAUAGGGGCGUAUUGAUAACAAACACACUGCCAUUAUAAUCGUAUAAUUAUUGCAUGGUGCGAUCUUGUAUGCGUGUUAUAGCGGGUUUUCUAUUGAUGAAUAUGUUUCUGUUGUGAACUGUAGGUGAUAGGAAUGAACAUUCAUUGAAACUAGCGCUACGAUACGUUGCCUUAUGACUGAGGUGCACGACAAGCGAACCCGCGAGGGACCUUGAACACAGCGCGAGUGCCACCGCGGGCUCGGUCGUGAGUACGUUGCAUCUCAAGUUUGUGACAAAUAUAACUGCCAUUCGAUAAGUAAUUAUUAUACAUCAUUCGACGCGUAGUUUCAUAAAUAGCUUGUUAGAUUUCGGCUUCUGUCGGUGCACAGCCGGUCGUAUUUGAUACAUAUUAUUCAAUUUCGAAAUUGUAAUAGAUUUAUUAAGUAUGUAAUAAUCUCACAUGAGAAAGUAAUAAAUAAUGAGAUACCCUAAUAUAAUUUGUGUCUUAGCUGAUAAUGGAACAUUAGUAAGAUAAUAAGUUUAUAUCGCUUGACGAGUUUACGAGAUGAGAUGUAGUUGUGGGAGACGAUGCGACAGUUGCAAGCAGCGGGUGUGCGGGGAGACUGGACCGACUUCACAGCCGACGAGCUGAUACCUUCUUCAUGCCUUUUGAUCUAUACUUUAGUUGAUAUUGUUCGGAAGCACUGAGUAUUGUAGUGACCAAACGUGGCACGUCCAGUCUAAUAAAUAAUAUAUGGUGGAUUCGAUAUAAUCUACUGUGUCCAUUAAACUUUGUACAUAGGUACCUUUAGAUUCUAUUGUCAUAUGUUUGACAUAUGUACGUUUAAUUUUAUUCAUCUAAGAAAGUACAGAUGGCUGUUGUUAUUUUUAUAUUAUUUGGGUAGAAGUAUAUUUUUUGUAAAUGACCUCUGUAUUUAUCUUUUGUAAGCUUUGUAAGCCAUAGGGACUUAGAUAAGUGUACGAGCUACGAACAUUGUGAUUGCUAUUUACUUUGAAUUUGUAUUUACUGAGAUAUUUUUUGUUCUGCGUAUAUAUUCUUCGUUUCGACAGAUGUUUCUUAAUAAUUUGUUACUUCAGAGUGCAAUAUGUACAAAUAUUUACAUAUUAAAUAUAACGUGUACAGUCAUUUUUUUAGUUUUAAUGUGUCAACGCUAUUUGUUUCACUAUUCAUUCGUUGAAUGUACACUAGAAGGCAUAAUAAACGAUAUCACAAGUGAGUUGCAUCGCAACAUACACUCUCACUAUUGUGUUUUUCUAAUACUUAAGUGAUUAAUUUUAUAAUAGACGGACUAGGCGAUCUUUGUAUUUAAAUUUGCUAAUUUUUUGUAGCAGAUUAGAUUUGUUUACGUGGUUAAGAUGAAUAAUGUACAUUUUGAAUUGAUUUUAAAGUGAUUUAGUUGUUAUUUAGUAACGAAUUUUCUUAUUAGAUGUAACUGGCAGCCUUGUGGACUGGCUUGGAGUCCAUUGAUACCAGUGCGAUGUGUGCAAUGUCUAGUAAUACGUAGAGGCAGGGGCCGACCGCUGCCUCGCUGAGCCGACUCUGUCACAGUAUAGUGCCACGUCGAACGAUGGGAAGGCUGAUAUUACGAGAUAAGGGCCCAUUCCGUGUUCAUCGAAACACAAUAAUUUUGUAUAAUUAUUAUUUCUUCAAUCUAUUAGUCCGCAGUAACUAUUUUACUUUCCUCUUAAUACUUUGCCUUAGUAAAUCCUCUGUUAAUAAUACAUGGUUUAACAACAGUGGUGAAGCGAAUUAGAUAUAGGGAACAGACAUGACGACAUGUUAAAAUUUAGAGAAACAACUUUUAUAAAAGAUAAUAACUACAAAACAAAAACCAAGAAAGGUGUGUACAAAAUGAGGAAAUUUGUAUGAAACAUUGUUAAAUGCGAAUAAACUUACACCUCAAGAUAAAAUUAUAAAAAAUA